AGAUAACUUGAAACACAACAAUGGCGAAUGAAUUCAGCUAAAGAGUUAAUCUUUCCAUGGUAAUGAUCAAGAAGCUUACCUUCUUACUAACCCAUGCUCGAACUAUUGAUCACCUUAGAAAAAUUCACUCACCCAUAAUCACCCAUGGUCUUACCCAACUUGAAACCCUUUUGGCCAAUCAACUUCUUCUCUUAACAACUCAGUUUUCUAGGAAUAUAGCUCAAUACAUAACCAGAAUCCUUCACCAUUUACAGAACCCAGAUGCCCAUUUAUGGAGUUUUGCUGUUAGGUUCUUCUCCCAUAAUGGGCAAUUCAACACUGCAUUGUCUCUUUAUGUUGAAAUGCUUAGACUUGGUCUCUGUCCAAGCUCUUUUGCCUUGUCUUCUUCUUUGAAGGCUUGUGCUAAGAUUGGAGAUAGAUUGAGUGGUUGUUUGGUUCAUUCUCAUGUUUAUAAAUAUGGGUUUUGUGGCUCUGUUUAUGUUGAGACUGCUGUGCUUGAUUUUUACUCGAAAUCGGGUGAUAUGGUUAGUGCUCGAAAGGUGUUCGAUGAAAUGCCCGAAAGAAAUGUGGUUUCGUGGAAUGCGGUGUUAUCGGGGUAUUUGAGGUUUGGGAAUUUGAAAGAGGCUCAAAAGGUGUUUGUUGAGAUUCCUUGUAAGGAUGUUGUUUCGUGGAAUUCGAUGAUUUCGGGUUAUGCAAGAACGGGAGAUAUGGAUCGGGCGAUUUCUUUGUUUGAAGAGAUGCCUGAGAAGAAUUUGGCUUCUUGGAAUACUGUGUUGAGUGGUUAUGUGAGUUGUGGGUGUUUGGAGUUAGCAGGAAGCUAUUUUGUUGCAAUGCCUGUUAGAAACAAUGUUUCUUGGAUUACCAUGAUUUCGGGGUACUCGAAAUGUGGAGAUGUUGCCUCUGCUCGUUUACUCUUUGAUCAGAUUAAGAGAAAAGAACUUCUUUCAUUCAAUGCUAUGAUAGCAUGUUAUGAACAAAACAACCAACCAAAGGAAGCUCUUGAGUUGUUUAAUCAUAUGGUCAAAACAGAUUUCAACAUUCAGCCAGAUGAGAUGACUUUAACUAGUGUUGUAUCUGCUUGUUCACAGCUAGGUUAUCUGGAAUUCGGGUUAUGGAUCGAGUCAUACAUGAAGAAGAACGGGAUUCGAUUGGAUGAUCACUUGGCGAACUCUUUUAUCGAUUUGUAUGCUAAGUGUGGAAACAUUGAGAAAGCAUUUGAGCUAUUUCGUGGUUUAAGAAACAAAGAUUUGGUUGCUUAUUCUGCAAUGAUUUCGGGUUUUGGUGUAAAUGGUAAAGCAAUCGAGGCAAUCGAGUUGUUUAAAGAGAUGAAAAACGAUCAUAUUUCCCCGAAUUUAGUCACUUACAAGGGGCUUCUCUCUGCUUAUAACCAUGCUGGUUUAGUUGAAGAAGGCUACAAGUGUUUCGAUUCCAUGAAGGAACAAGGGCUAUUGCCUUCGGUGGAUCAUUAUGGGAUUAUGGUUGAUCUUUUAGGCAGGGGAGGAUUGUUGAAAGAAGCUCAUGAGUUGAUAAAGACUAUGCCAAUGCAGCCUCAUGCCGGGGUUUGGGGGGCAUUGCUUCUCGCAUGUAGAAUACACAACAAUGUUGAGCUCGGGGAAAUCGCAGCUAGGAAUUGCCUCAAGUUACAGCCCGAGAAGGCGGGCUAUUCGUCUCUCCUCGCCAACAUUUAUGCCUCGGCCGAGCGGUGGAAUGAUGCUGGGAGAUUGAGAAAUGUUUUGGACAGCAAAAUUCCUGGGUGCAGCUGGGUGGAAUCAUGUUAAACUUAGUCUUUUUUCGAGUUUUAAGAUCAAGCUUGGACUAAGAAAUGGCAACUGAAAACCAAAUUGAUUAUUAUUUGUAUUUGUUGGAUGAUGUAUACAAAAUGAUUACAUAUUACUUUAAUCUCAAGUGUAGUUCUUACAUUAAUCAAUAAAAUAAAAAUGGAAAUAAAGGUUAAGGAAAAGCUU